AUGUCGUCUACAUUUUCGUCUUCACCAACCGAUGGAACCCAGGAGCCGCCAGAUUACAUCGACUCUCGCAACCCCUCUCGUCAAACUUCGUACCACGAAGGCGAUGUGCCCACCUUUCCGUCACCAAGUUAUAUAUGGCCACCGUUGCUACCCGGCAGCACCUUCCCCAUCCCGCAUGUGCAGUCUCUGGAAAGCUUGCAAACUCUCAUGUCGACUACGUCCCCUAUCCAAUACUAUGCGGCAUACCCUCCUCCUCUUCUUCCUUCAGACCAAGCCGACUCAUUUGCUGUCUGCCAACAGGCCGGUGCCUGGACGACAUACACCCCAGACACUGCCAGUGUCGACAUGUACCAGGACCUUCAUGCACGCAUACAGCGGACAGAUUCAACAUUGAGUGCGGAAGCACUUGGUAGAAACCCCCGUGCCUCGUUCCCCAUCGACUUGCGCUCCAAAAGUCCUUUGAAAGGAGACUCGGAUCGUGCCUCGCGAAGCCGCUCCAUUGUCGGUGUUGUGACUCCUCCCACAGACGCGGGCGUGAAAAGACUACGCAAGGCCCGCAGGAGGAACUCCACCCCAUUGGCCUCAUCAGGAGCCGGUACCAAGGUUCUUCCGGAAGCCCAAGGGCGUGGGCGCAGGCACUCGCCCGCCAAGGAGGAGGCCGUGUCCAACGAUGAACUGAGCUCCGAGGAUGAAGACAGCCGUCAUAGGCCAAAGAAUGCAGGGAAAGAGCCCACUUUUGCCUGCCCCUUCUACCGCAGAUGGCCAACGCGUCACAUUGAGUGCAUGAGUCGCAAGCUUACGCGGAUUCAAGACGUCAAGCAACACAUAUACCGGAGGCAUUCAAAACCACAAUUUUACUGCCCGACUUGUGCACAGGUCUUCGCAUCGCCAGAUCCAAGGGAUGACCAUAUACGCCAGGCAUCUUGCAGUCCAGCAACCGCAUCCUCCAAGCGCGGCAGCGAUGGUAUUUCCGCUCAGGUCCAGGAUUCUCUCAAAAACCGCUUCAGCCGGAGACUCAACCCAGUUGAGCAAUGGUACAGCAUAUGGGAGCUCAUAUUCCCAGGGGUAGAACCCCCACAAAAUGCCCACGUCGGCAGCAAAGUCACAGAGAUGCUGGGUAUGCUUCGAGACUUUUGGAAGAAUGAGGGUCAUCGCAUCAUCCCAGGCCUUACAAGGUUCAAGAUCACUUUCAAGACGAGCCCCGCGAGGCAGAAGCCAUGUAUGCGGAUGGCACAGAUAGCCUAG